AGAUGGCACCGGUACGUGGGGAUGGAAUGCGCGGACUGGCCGUGUUUAUAUCGGACAUCAGGAAUUGCAAAAGCAAAGAGGCGGAAAUCAAGCGCAUUAACAAGGAGCUGGCCAACAUCCGAAGCAAAUUCAAAGGCGAUAAAACGCUGGACGGCUAUCAGAAGAAGAAGUACGUCUGCAAGCUGCUGUUUAUCUUUCUGCUCGGCCAUGACAUCGAUUUCGGUCACAUGGAGGCGGUUAAUUUGCUUUCCUCCAACAAAUACUCGGAGAAACAAAUCGGCUAUCUGUUCAUUUCGGUGCUGGUAAACACGAACAGCGAUCUAAUCAAACUCAUCAUACAAAGCAUCAAGAACGAUCUGCAGUCGCGGAACCCGAUCCACGUGAACCUGGCACUGCAGUGUAUCGCCAACAUCGGCAGCCGUGAUAUGGCGGAAGCGUUCUCGAACGAAAUCCCGAAGCUGCUCGUAUCGGGCGACACGAUGGAUGUGGUGAAGCAAUCGGCCGCCCUUUGCUUGCUGCGCCUGUUCCGCACCUGUCCGGACAUUAUACCGGGUGGUGAAUGGACCAGCCGAAUUAUUCAUCUGCUAAACGAUCAGCAUAUGGGUGUGGUAACGGCGGCAACGAGUUUGAUCGACGCGUUGGUGAAGAAGAAUCCCGAAGAGUACAAGGGAUGCGUCAGCUUGGCCGUAUCGCGCCUGUCGCGCAUCGUAACGGCAUCGUACACGGAUCUGCAGGACUACACGUACUACUUUGUGCCGGCACCGUGGCUUUCGGUGAAGUUGCUGCGCCUGCUGCAAAACUAUAACCCACCGACGGAAGAUCCGGGUGUGCGAGGCCGGUUGAACGAAUGUUUGGAAACGAUUCUGAACAAAGCGCAGGAACCGCCGAAGAGCAAGAAGGUACAGCACUCGAACGCAAAGAAUGCGGUCCUAUUUGAGGCGAUCAAUCUAAUCAUACACAAUGAUAGUGAGCCGAGUUUGUUGGUACGCGCCUGCAACCAGCUCGGCCAAUUCCUGAGCAACCGCGAGACGAACCUACGCUAUCUGGCGCUGGAAUCGAUGUGCCAUCUGGCAACGUCCGAAUUUUCGCACGAAGCCGUCAAGAAGCAUCAGGAGGUGGUGAUUCUAUCGAUGAAGAUGGAGAAGGACGUUUCGGUGCGUCAGCAGGCGGUUGAUUUGCUGUACGCUAUGUGCGAUCGUUCGAACGCGGAAGAGAUUGUGCAGGAGAUGUUGAACUAUCUCGAAACGGCCGAUUAUUCGAUACGCGAGGAGAUGGUACUGAAGGUUGCUAUACUGGCGGAAAAGUAUGCGACCGAUUACACGUGGUACGUGGAUGUAAUUUUGAAUCUGAUUCGAAUUGCGGGCGAUUACGUCUCGGAGGAGGUCUGGUACCGCGUGAUUCAGAUCGUGAUCAAUCGCGAAGAGGUACAGGGCUAUGCGGCAAAAACCGUUUUCGAAGCACUUCAGGCACCUGCCUGUCACGAAAAUAUGGUUAAAGUCGGUGGCUAUAUAUUGGGCGAGUUUGGCAAUUUAAUUGCCGGUGAUUCCCGCUCCGCGCCGAUGGUACAGUUUAAGCUGCUUCACUCGAAAUAUCAUCUCUGUUCGUCGAUGACACGGGCGCUCCUACUAUCGACGUACAUUAAGUUUAUCAAUCUGUUUCCGGAGAUACGCGGUACCAUACAGGACGUGUUCCGGCAGCACAGCAAUUUACGGUCGGCGGAUGCCGAGUUGCAGCAGCGUGCGAGUGAGUACCUGCAGCUAAGUAUUGUCGCUUCCACCGAUGUGCUGGCAACAGUGUUGGAGGAGAUGCCGUCGUUCCCGGAGCGCGAAAGCUCUAUACUGGCGGUGCUGAAGAAGAAGAAACCGGGCCGGGUGCCGGAGAAUGCGGAGAUACGGGACAACAAGAGCCCGGUACCGAACAGUCACAAUGCUCACAACAAUGCUCAAACGAAUCACACUUCCAGUGCAAACAACGCGAAUGCAAGCUCGGAUUUGCUCGGACUAAGCACUCCACCAGCCAGCCAGUCUGGCACACUAAUCGAUGUGCUGGGAGACAUCUACAGUACAGCGAACGGUAACAGCAGUGUGGUUAAUAAUUCCAAAAAAUUCGUUUUCAAAAAUAAUGGUGUCCUGUUCGAGAAUGAGCUGCUACAGAUCGGUGUGAAGAGUGAAUUCCGCCAGAACCUCGGCCGGUUGGGCCUGUACUAUGGUAACAAAACGCAAACGGCAUUGCAAAACUUUGUGCCCACCCUUCAGUGGUCGGCCGAGGAUGCGCUAAAGCUGAACGUGCAGAUAAAGGCGGUAGAACCGACGCUCGAGGCGGGCGCUCAAAUCCAGCAGCUGCUAACGGCGGAAUGUAUCGAUCACUAUCUCGGUGCACCGUCGAUUAUCAUCUCGUUCCGGGUGAGCGGUGGUGCGCAGCAAAAAAUUACCGUCAAUCUACCGUUGACGAUCAACAAAUUCUUCGAGCCGACCGAGAUGAAUGCGGAAUCAUUCUUUGCCCGGUGGAGAAAUCUUGGCGGCGAACAACAAAGGGCGCAACGUGUGUUUAAGGCACAGCAACCGCUGGAUUUGCCCGGCGCACGCAACAAGCUAACCGGGUUCGGUAUGCAGCUGCUCGAUAGCAUCGACCCUAACCCGGACAAUAUGGUUUGCGCCGGGAUUAUACACACCCAGGCCCAUAAGGUUGGCUGUUUGCUGCGUUUGGAACCGAACAAGCAGGCACAGAUGUUCCGUUUGACUAUACGAUCUAGCUUAGAGGCAGUGACGCAAGAAAUUUGCGAUCUUCUGGUGGAUCAGUUCUAAAUCAAAUUCCGCCCCAACCCCCCAUCCCAUCAUAUUGU